ACAAAAAUAAUACGAAUAUUAUUAAUUUGUUUAAGUAAAUUUUAAACUUACUAAGUACAAAGACAAGUUAUAAAUAGUUAAUUUUUACUCGUCUUUUCUUCAAUUUAUGACAUAAAAAUACUUUAGCUAACUGAUAAUCUUGUUGUAAUGGACCAAGAUACCGACGACUAUUGUGAUAUUACUUCACAAUUAGAUGCAAGGGAAAUAUUGAGAUAUUUAAAUAACUUAGGAAUACGUAACAUUAAUGGAGAAGUUCUAAAAUAUUUCAUAACUGAUCUUAAAAAGCUCAUAAAAUAUGAUCUUCAACAAAAAAGUGCAGACCACAGUAUGAGAACACAGAGAACUGAAAGAGUUGGUCUAGAAAGGUUGCACAGUGCAAGUACAUUUUCAUCUAGGUCUAGAUCUAAAGCUCCUUUUGUAAGUUGCCCUAAAGAGUGUCAAAGACCAAGGAGAUUAACAAACUUGCAUAACAUCCACUCAGCUCCUAAUAUUGGCCAUCAAAGAGAAGAAAUCAAAACUUCUAGAAGAGCUUGUUCAUGUGUUAAACUUGAAAAGAAAAUUGAUACCCCAAAAGAAACACCUAAAACAACUGUUAGUAAUAAUUUGAUUAAAGUCCCUAAGCAGCAAAUUAAAAAAAAAAGUGAUCCCGUUUCACUAUAUCACUAUUACAUGUCACUAUGGGAAAAGUAUAAACCGAAUGUACCCGGAGAAAAUAACUGGUCUGAUCUUAGAUGGAACAUAAGACAGAAAAUGGUGGGAUAUUCUACAUCGCAAACUUCGCAAACAAACAAAGUCCAAGAUAAACAAGAUGCAUUUAAAAAGAAAAAAUACCCCCCCAUGUGAUGUUUAAUAUUCAUAUUAAGAGAUGUUCCUAUAAAAUCGAAAAUCAGUUAUAUUUUUAUAAUGGUGGAAAAUGUUAAUAAAAGACAAUGAAAUAACUUUCUAGAUUACUUUAUUUAAAACUCUACACUUGAUUUAAUUUGAACUUGGCUUGUUGUUGCAUUGUAUUUGAAUGAAGAUGUUGUAAAAUCUUUUCUUCAACUCUCUCUGCAGCUCUUUGAGUGAUGAUAAGGGUGUCGUGCUUUAGCAUAGAAUAUACAU